AUGUCCUCUUCUGCCCUCACCCCUAAAGGCUACACCUUCUGUUACUACGUCUCUGGUCACGGAUUCGGCCAUGCCACUCGAGUCAACCAGAUCAUCACAGAGCUGCUAAAGUCAACAACGACGUCAAGUUGUUCCUCCUCUUCAAGUAGUACAGGAACAACAGCAGCAAGCCUUGCUCCACCAACGGCCAUCGCCACCAAGAACACGGAAGGUGCUUCUUCUUCAACAAACAACAACACCCCUACCUCGACUAGCAGACAUACAAUUUAUAUUGUGUCGGAUGCACCCGAGUUUAUCUUCCAGGACGUGACAGCCCUGGGAGCCAAGUACCGUAAUGCCAAGGUCGAUGCAGGCGUCGUCCAACCACUGGCAUACUCGGUCGAUAGACAAAAGACCAUCGAAGGUGUCAAAUCCUUCCUCGCCCGUCGUGAGGAGAUCCUCCAGGCCGAAGUAUCCUGGCUGGCCCAGGUCGGAGCUGACUGUGUCCUCGCCGACGCACCCUUCCUGCCCUGUGCGGCAGCUAGUGCUUACGGAAUCCCUGCUUGCUUGAUCACCAACUUCACAUUUGACGAGGUCUACCGAUUCUUGCGGGAGGGAGAUACACUGGACAAGGAUGUCAUGGCAGUCGCCGAUGCAGCAUUGGAGGAUUACAAGAAUGCUUCACUCCUCUUGCGUUUGCCUGGAUCGAUCGAUAUUCCUUCGUUCGAGGAUGAGAUUUUGGCAAUGGAGACUUCUCGGUCUAAUGGUAGCCCCUCUAUUUCGGAUAUGGAUGAUACGGAAGAGGACCAUCGUAUCCUGCCACUCUCGACAAUUCAGAAGCAGGAACAUGAUCUUCAACAACAGCAGCAGCACCGACAACUCCACGCGCAUAGCAAAGCCAAGGAGGAUGGUAACAGGGCAGCGCCUCUGGCCAUGGAUGUGGAUGAGUACUACCGACGAAACAGCAUUAUCCGCCAGCACUCAAAUGAUACCAUCAUGGGCGAUACUACUCCGUCAGGAAUCAUGUCCCCCGCCACAAGCAACGGAACCACAGUCUCGUCGCCCAGUCCUUCGAUCAUUGGUCGCUUCCGCUCAUCGUCGAUUGCAGCCGGUAGUGACUCGUCUCUGUCAAUGGCAGCCGCAUCUCCCAUGGCCUCUAAGUUGCGUUCGUUGACGCGCAAGGUGGUCGAUGUGCCAUUGGUGGUCAGGAUGGCUGUCAAUACUCGCGAGGAUGUCUUGAGAUCCUUGGGAGUCGACGAGCUGACCAUUGCGACCAAGAAGAUGGUCCUGGUUUCGUUUGGCGGUCAGAGGUUGAAGCAAGGAUGGGGUAACCCGCUCCCUGAGGGAUGGAUUGGAGUCAUCUGUGGACUGCCCGUUGAGCAUGAGUUGCCUGAGGGGUUCUAUAGGAGUCCUCAUGGUGUCUACGUUCCUGAUCUCACCCGCGCCGCCGAUAUUGUCAUUGGCAAGCUGGGCUACGGAACGUGCUCGGAGUGCAUUGCGCAUGAUACGCCCCUGAUCUACGUCUCUCGUCCCCAGUUUAUCGAGGAACACGGAUUGAUUAAGAUGAUGAUCAACCACGGCCUGCCUGUCGAGAUGACCGCUGAGGAGUUUGAGAACGGACAUUGGCAGCGGUCGAUCCUUGAAGCUGACCGACAGGCGCGAGAUGAGAAAGAGGGAAGACGCUUGCAUAUGGAGAGCUGUAGCGAGGAUUCGCACGAUGACGAGGAGGAGAAGAAGCAGGAUGAUAAGCAGACGACUCGUAGGGACGUGGUUUCGCUGGCGGAAUCCGUCAACAGGGGAGAAUUGGCCAAGGCAGGGCCCAUCUCGCUCGGUCGGAGGACACGGCGGUCGUCUUCUGUCACUUCCUUGUCGGCUUUCAGGGUCAAGGGACCCAAGAUGGCGCGACUUUCUCCUGUGGGUGACGAUGAUGAUCAGUCUUCUACUCUCGAGGGCAAGGACCAGGAGGAGAAGCCAUUGCCACUGAUUGAGGCUGAACUGGAGAAGGUGUAUGUGCCUGCGGUCUGGUUCGAGAGGAGGAUACCUCAUAACGGUGGCGAGGUGUGUGCGCGCCUAGUUGAGGAGUUUAUGGCUCGCCUUGAGGAGGACGAUGAAUGA